CUUUAUGUGCAUGCUGAAUUGUGUUGCUUCAGUCCAGAAGGCCUUGUAGUGUUCUUACCUUACCCGGGAGCAAUCCAGACAGAUCAGCAGUGACUCCAGAUUAACCCAUUUUUUGACUGAACGUCAGAUGAUAUAGGCCUGUUUACAUCUGUCCUUCCACAAUGGUUGUUCCUGAAUCUCAGGACAAAAUGUACUACCCUUCUGAUGACCUGCAGAGGGAUGCUCAUGUGCCUGAUUUUAACUCUUAUCUGGCACUGUACAGGAAGUCUCUUGAGAAUCCAGAAGCUUUCUGGAAAGAGGUUGCUGAUGAGUUCUUUUGGAAGAAGCCACCAACAGGGCCAAUGCUGCAGUACAACUUUGAUGUGACAAAAGGGAACAUAUAUGUCAAAUGCAUGGAAGGGGCUAAAACCAACAUAUGCUAUAAUGUCCUGGACAGGCAUGUGAGGGAGAGGAACCUCGGUGAAAAGGUUGCCUAUUACUGGGAGGGAAAUUCACCUGACCACAACAUGACCAUCACCUAUGGCCAGCUGUUGAGCCAGGUGUGCCGCUGUGCUAAUGUCCUAAAGCAAAUGGGUGUGAAAAAGGGAGACAGGGUGUCUAUCUACCUUCCCAUGAUCCCAGAGUUGGUCUACACUAUGCUGGCCUGUGCCAGGAUAGGUGCUGUCCACUCUAUUGUGUUUGCAGGUUUCUCCUCUGAGUCUCUGUGUGAGAGGAUUAUGGAUGCGCAGAGCAGCGUCCUGGUAACAGCAGAUGGUGUUUACAGAGGGGAGAAGCUGAUCAACCUGAAACAGAUUGCGGACGAGGCUAUGGAGAAAUGCAGGGAAAAAGCAUCAUCUAGCAUCACUAAAUGCCUUGUCAUCAAGCACCAUGCCUUAAGGACAAAAAGUGGAGCUGCGUGCAACAAACUACAGACCCCCUGGGACUCAGAGUGCGAUGUGUGGUGGGAUGAGGCGAUGAGAGACUCUCCUGAAGAGUGUGAACCCGAGUGGCUGGACGCAGAGGACCCACUGUUUAUCCUCUACACCAGCGGCUCCACGGGCAAACCCAAGGGUGUUCUCCAUACUGUUGCCGGGUAUCUGCUCUACACGUCGCUGACCUUCAAGUAUGUUUUUGAUCAUCACCAUGACGACGUGUACUGGUGCACGGCUGACAUCGGCUGGAUCACCGGCCACUCCUACAUCACCUAUGGCCCCCUUGCAAACGGCGCUACAGGUGUUCUAUUUGAAGGUAUUCCUGUUCAUCCUCAUGUGGGCCGGUUCUGGGAGAUUAUUGAGAAGUACAAAGUAACCAAGUUCUACACGGCUCCCACAGCCAUCCGCCUGCUGAUGAAGUACGGACGAGAACCGCUGCAGAAGUACGACCUCUCCAGCCUGAGGAUUCUGGGUACAGUGGGUGAGCCGAUCAACCGAGAGGCGUGGCAGUGGUACCAUGAGGUAGUCGGUCAGGGCAGAUGUCCCGUGGUCGACACUUUCUGGCAGACAGAGACGGGAGGUCAUGUUUUGACGCCUCUGCCUGCUGCCACGCCGCUGAAACCCGGCUCUGCUACCUUUCCUUUCUUCGGAGUGGAGCCGACCAUCCUCAACGAGCACGGAGAGGAACUGGAAGGUGAAGCUGAGGGUUAUCUGGUAUUCAGGAGGCCCUGGCCUGGAAUAAUGCGCACUUUGUACAGAAACCAUGAACGCUUUGAAAACACCUACUUCAAGAAAUUCCCAGGCUUUUAUGUGACUGGUGAUGGCUGCAGGCGGGAUAAAGAUGGCUAUUACUGGAUCACAGGGAGAAUAGACGACAUGCUGAAUGUGUCAGGGCACCUGAUGAGCACAGCAGAGGUGGAGGCGUCUCUGACGGAGCACCCAGCUGUUGCAGAGGCUGCAGUGGUGAGCCGGCCUCACAAGGUGAAGGGCGAGUGUCUCUACUGCUUCGUCACCCUCAAAGACAGCAGGGAGUUUAACCACGCAAUGGUGGAGGAGCUCAAGAGACUGGUGAGAGAGAAAAUCGGUCCCAUCGCCACACCAGACUUCAUUCAAAAUGCCCCAGCGCUCCCAAAAACUCGCUCAGGGAAGAUCAUGAGGCGAAUCCUCCGGCAGAUCGCCCGCAACGAGAAGGAACUGGGCGACCUUUCCACUCUGGCCGACCCAAAGGUGGUGGAGGUGCUGUUUAGCCAGAGAUGUGAAGCUGCAGCCUGAACAAACACCUCCAUCUCUUUCCCUCUUGUAACUAUGCAACGGUACAGAUGAAGACAAACUGCUGGGUUCUGGAUCAGCAUCUCAGUAUUUGUGUGCACUCUUUGGGACUGAAUGAAGGAGCUGGGAUCAGAAAACAAUACUGCUAACAGUGAACUGUUGUUUUAUGUGGAGAAAAAAAAAAGUCAAAUCAGAGGGUGGUUUUUAUGUAGACGUCCUGGUACGGGGCCGUUUGGGCCAAAAUAUCAAACACAGAAUUACUAUCUUUUAUAUUUUCUUAACAAUCUUUUUAUGUCUGAUAUCAUUGGAGGGGGAAGUGAAUCCUUCUUCUUAGUUUAGAUAGUAAAGUCAGCUUUGCACAGCUUUGAUUUUGACUGACGACUGAUGUAUAUUUUCAAUCUGUGACACAUUUCUAUGACCU